UCCAUCUCUCCAGAGCCUCAGUGGCAGUGCAGCCCCUCUGACGCCAGCCCCCAGUCCUGAGAGAGUCUUCCCCCCUCACCAGGCUCUGUGUCUGGGAACGUCAGAGCACCACCUCAGAUCUACGCCUGAUAAGAACCGGAGAAACUUUUGGAGGGAUUUCUGGUAUUCCGUCAGCCUUGUUUUCGGAGGUGGCGUCAGGGUCAGAGAGGUGGACCUCCGGACACAGCAGACUUGCCAGGGACGGCUGGACGCAGGACGGCUGGACAGAGAGACUGAGGGUGGGCAGCAUGGGGAUCCUGGUUCUUAGCUCUCUGCUUCUCCUGCUACACAGCCCUGCUUCUCUGCCAGUGACAGUGAGCACCAGUAAACCCAAGGUGGAAGUCCAUGAGCACUCAGAUGCUGUGCUGGCCUGUGAGUUCAGGACUGAGAGUGAGCCUGCUCCUCGCAUCGAGUGGAAGAAGAAAGGAAAGGAUGUGUCCUUCGUUUACUUUGAAGGCAAAUUUAUAGGCUCCUUUGCAGGCCGGGCUCAUAUAGACGGGGCAACAGUGACGCUGCACUCUGUUACCCAGAAGGACUCUGGGGUGUACCGAUGUGAGGUCAGCGCUCCGCUUGACAAGGUGAUCCUGGGGGAGGUCAACGUCUCCCUCAACGUGUUGGUGGAGCUCCACUGUAAGGACAAGCUGAGCGUGCCCCCCGCCACCUACCGCUGGUACAAGGACAACAAGGCCCUCACUGUCACCCCUGACUCAGGCUACAACCUGGACUCUGGCAAGGGCACGCUGAAGUUUAAGAGUGUGUCGAGGGACGACUCGGGCCUGUACCGCUGUGAGGCCUUCAACAGCGUGGGGGCGCCCAAGAGCUGUGUGGCCCAGCACCUGAAGGUCAUCGACUAUCAGCUGAGCUUGACGACGCUGGUUGCCGGGGCGGUGGGCCUCUUCCUCCUCGUCUUCAUGUGCUGUCUGGGGGUGUGUCUCUGCCAUCGCAGGGGCUGCUGCAGGAAGGAGAAGACGGUGCAAAGCUCCAACUUCUACAAUCCUCCUCCUCCUCCUCCCAUCAGAAACCCAAAAACUACAAACACACGAAGUCCUUCAUGAUUUAAGACACAUAUGCACACACACGCUUGCACACAAACACACAUACACACACAUGUGCCUAUAUAGAGAAGGACUUGGAUGUGGUGAGAUUCAGAAAUGGAGGAGAUAUGGAAAAUUCCAGACUUGUCCCUUCAACUGUAAGUUUAACUCAUUCAAGAAGCACACACAGCACACUAGUUAAGUCUCUAUCUCUCCACACGAUGACACAAGGUUGUUUUAUACAAGAAUGUUUUAUAGAUCUGUGUUGAUAUUUUGUGAAUUUUAAAAUCAAGUUGCUUAUAUUUGGAUUUGUUUUAAUGUACAUAAUUUCCGUUUGAUGUAAGCAUAGCCUAUUUGGCAAAUGGACAGGUGUCUGUAUGCACUGAAGAUAUCUCUAAAAUGCUCGCUCCCUCCUUUGCUGUUUAUGAUAAUCCCUCUUUGACAUCAAUGCUUGCUCCUGUAUUCAACACGUCUAAAUUGCCUGUGGAUCACAUCAGUUAUUUACACAAACCAACCUCUAGAUGGCGACACAGUGCUUUAUAAUUCAUCGGUGCCGAAUUUGGUAGUCGCAGUUGACAGCUUGUCUCUAUUACGUCUGUGAACACUGGCACUAUUGUGCUCUUAGCAUUGUUCGAUGUGAAUCAUUAUUCUGGUGCCCGUGUAUCUGGAGCCUUCCUCUCUGUUCUCCACUGUUGUUUUUUUCAUCGCUAUUAUUUUGUAUUAUUACUGAGAUGCUCAAUAAAUCAUUA